CGAACAACUAAAAAGGUCCACAUCGUGCCAGCGCCUCGCGCUGUUCUCGUCUUGGUCACCGCCACCGAGUCCAUCCCAUUCCCCAGGCAGCUCCGACCUCCUUCCGCACCUCCACGCGACCACCAGCAACGAUUUGAACCGGAACGGAUGCGCAUGGCACUGGGUGCUAUGGAGGAAGCGAGCUCGUGAGGGCCGCAGCAGGUUUUCGUCUGCCGGUGGAGGAGGUGCUUCUGGUCUGCGGCUGCGGGAGGAGAUCGAAGGGGAUUCCGUGCCAGAGAUCAUCAAGCCCCCCCCAGCUCCGCUACCGCCUGCCUUCUUCGGCUUGACACCUCAGGCCUCAACGCCUGCCUGGUAUCUGAGCGCGAGCAGCGAGCAAAAUAACGCAGCACACUGCUGCCCGGGAUGAAUGCAGAAGAGGAGGUUGCCUUGAUAGGCGUAGCAGCUGAGGAAGAAUCAGAGGCAGCAGGGCAGGCGGUGGGGACGGCGCGAGUUAGAUUGUCAAGAAAUCGGAAGCGGGGGCGCGACUACACGGGCGACAAUCAGCAAAUGCAUCUCUUUGUGAAGAGUCCCACCGGCAGGAUAAUCUGCCUCAGGGUCCAGCUAUCAGAUACCUUGUAUACCGUCAAGGCCAAAAUUCAGGAACAUCAACGCCUUUUCUUUGACGGACUACAACUAGAUGACAACCUUACAUUGGCUGAUUAUGGCAUCGAGCAUGAAUCCACCCUUGACCUCCAGGACAGCAUGCAAAUCCAUGUAAUGGAGACGCUAGCAGGCAGGACCAUCACUCUCGAGGUUGACAGCUUAGACACAAUUGGCGAGGUGAAGUCCAAGAUUCAAGAUAAUCAGGGCUUUCCCAAGGGUCAGCAGUGCCUCAUCUUUGCCGACAAACAGCUAGAGGACGACAGCACCUUGGCAGACCUCAACAUUUGGAAGGAGUCCACUCUUCUCCUUGUCCUUCGCCCGGCCAGUUCAAGACGUGGGAUGCAGAUCUUCGUGAAGAUGCUGGUUGGAAAGAUCAUUCCUAUUGAGGUUGAGAGCUUAGAUACCAUCGACAAUGUGAUCCUGAAGAUCUAUGAGGUGGAAGGCUGUCCCCCAAUACGGCAACGCCUCAUCUUUGCUGGCAAGCAGCUGCAGAACGACCGCACCCUUGCGUACUAUAACAUUCAGAAGGACUCUACCCUCCAUAUGGUGUACUGCCUUUGUGGUUGUUGAGAUGGAUGCCAUAGUCAUUUCCAGUAUUGACGGCGUCUCUUUCCAGUGUAAUUUAUCACUAAAACUAUCGGUGCAGCACUCUUAUUUUCAGUGGCGGUGUGUCAUCACUUACUAUCAUGUCUAGUGCGUUAAUGUCUUGGUACUUGUUAACCAAAAAGGGAGUUCAUGGGUCUGUGUUGGCAUCAAUUCAUCGAGAAAUAUAUAAACAGCAGUGCCCUGCAUCAGUCAUUCUCUAGUACCUGACUAUUUUCUCAUGCAGUCCUUGCUCUUGUAAGUGACAAAAAGAGCUGUUGCAUUCUUCCAGUAGUCACUACGAAGGCACACUUUCCUUGUGUUCUUGCUCGUUUAUAUGUAUUGGUCAGCCUUGUAGAUACACUAUCUGUUGGAAGUGUUAACGUUCUUUC